AUGAAUACUCGUCCGUUGGAUUAUGCUAACUCUGACGAGCCAUCUGGCGAGUUUGUCGUGGUUACGCCUGAUCAAUUGGCUCGUGGAUUUACUCGUAAGCGAGGUUGCGUCCUCGCUGGUGGCUCUUCUACUCUUCCUAUUUCUCACCGCGUUAGAGCAGUGCGGUGUUAUUUCCUGAAUGAGAUGUUCCGCGACAUGAGGAUGGCUGUCGCUCGCUCUAUGGGGUACCAGAGCUUGAAGAACAAGAUCCUGAAGCCUACGAUUGGUGACCCAGUGCUGAUCUACCAUCCGGAAAAGAAGCUGAGCCCCGGAUACCGUUUGGGUCAUGUGAAGGAUCUGCUAGAUGAAGGUAGAAGGAUCCGUAUUGUCUUAACUGACGGUAGCGUUGUUGAUCAUCAUCACUAUAAUGUUGUGCCGAUUCUGCAUCACCCUCAAUUGUCGGGGCAGAGGGGGCGUAUUGAGGAUUGA